AUGGGUAUCUCCGAUAAUGAUGUGCAGAAGCAGCUGCGCCACAUGAUGGCUUUCAUUGAGCAGGAGGCCAAUGAAAAGGCUGAGGAAAUUGAUGCAAAAGCGGAAGAGGAAUUCAACAUUGAAAAGGCAGGAGUAGUGGAAAACUACUAUAAGCACGUCGAACCGAAAGACGCUUUCAUUCUAGUCAAGAAGGUCAAGCCAUGA